CCCCUGCGGUGGCCCGAGGGUUGGGGCCGAGGGUCGUAGGCCACCAGAGUACUGCGACAGUCCCCGCCUCCAAAUUUGGGUUUCGGGGUGGCAUUCCUGCGUUCCUGGGAAGCCAGGGUCCCUCGUGGUCCCAGAUGGGGGUACCAACCCCGAUUGGGGGCCUCUGACAAGGUGGCCUCGGCCAUAAGCCCUUUUCCCGCAUCCCCUCCUCUAUUCUCGGGGUUCAUCUCCCCAGCCUUUGACUCUGGGAGCCUCCUCGAGUCGCUCCCCCCACCACCCCCUCCACCAUCUACCCGCACCAGCUCGCACUAAACACCAUCUUAUGUAUGUACCUGUAAGACUCCCCCUAAGCCUAGACCCCUCGGGGCAGAGGCCAGCUGUCGGUGCACAACGUUCCUGCAAAACCGCUUCCAGGGAAAGGGACCUUCCGGAAAUUUCUUUGGACGCCGCUGAAAUUAAGAAACCUAGUGCCCCUGGGCUUUUCCGGUUUUCCUGGCAGGUGGAUUUGGAGGCAACAUGUCCGCUUCAAUGAAAGAAUGCCUGCAGCUUCAGCUGCUAGAGAUGGAAAUGCUGUUCUCUAUGUUUCCUAACCAAGGAGAAGUAAAACUCGAAGAUGUAAAUGUCCUGACGAAUAUAAAGAGAUAUUUGGAAGGAAAAAGGGAGGCGCUGCCACCCAAAAUCGAAUUUGUGAUUACACUCCAGAUUGAGGAGCCCAAGGUGAAAAUUGAUUUGCAAGUAACCAUGCCUCACAGCUACCCCUAUGUAGCAUUGCAGCUGUUUGGACGGUCUCCUGAGCUUGACAGACAACAGCAACUACUUCUCAACAAAGGUCUCACUUCUUACAUAGGGACUUUUGAUCCAGGCGAGCUCUGUGUAUGUGCAGCAAUCCAGUGGUUACAGGACAACAGUGCCUCCUAUUUUCUGAACAGAAAGCUCGUUUAUGAACCGUCUACACAAGCAAAGCCAGUCAAGAACACAUUCCUCCGGAUGUGGAUCUACAGCCACCACAUAUAUCAGCAGGACCUAAGAAAAAAGAUUUUGGAUGUUGGGAAAAGGUUAGAUGUGACUGGGUUUUGCAUGACAGGAAAGCCGGGUAUAAUCUGUGUGGAGGGCUUCAAGGAGCACUGCGAGGAAUUUUGGCACACAAUUAGGUAUCCCAACUGGAAACACAUUUCUUGUAAGCAUGCUGAAAGUGUGGAAACGGAAGGAAAUGGAGAGGAUCUGCGCCUUUUCCAUUCUUUUGAAGAAUUACUCCUGGAGGCCCAUGGUGACUAUGGAUUAAGGAAUGACUAUCACAUGAAUCUGGGCCAAUUCUUAGAAUUUCUGAAAAAACACAAAAGUGAGCAUGUUUUCCAGAUAUUAUUUGGUAUUGAAAGUAAAAGUUCAGACUCCUAGGAAGCCAUUAAGUGGCCUAUGUGUGUAAUUUCAUCACUUAA